AUGUGGCUAGACAAGCUAAACCCGGACAUAGUUCAAAUUCUCGCUGCAUUAACUGACGAAGUGGGUAUCCAAAAAUUAGCAGCAAUAGCAGACAAGAUUAUUGAUACCCGACCGACUCAUCAAAUCGCCUCCGUCAUGCCGUCAAAUGAUUCGCCUCCAAACACCAAUCAACAAAUGCAAGCCUUAACAUUAGAAUUGAGAAAACUUUCCCUACGUCUAGACGACAUCCAAAACACAUCAAGCAGAAAUCGGAGCAACUCAACGGGUCGACACAGCAUUCAACGACGACGUUCAACGUCGCGGCGUCCCCGACACCAUCAAUGUGGUUAUUGCUGGUACCACGAGGUGUUCUGCGCGCGCGCGCAAAAAGAUGUCAACCGCCGUGUUCAUACCAAAGCACACUCCCAACCAAGCAACAGAGAAACGACCACCCUGGCAACCAUUAAGGACGUUGGCUGCCAGGACUGA